AUGACAAUUGGCCUAAUUGUCAAUUGGGAGGAUAUUGCUAAUGAAUAUUUGCAAAUUUUAAAUAACCCUAAAAAUACUUCUAUUUCAAAUCCUAAUAUACAUUACCAUGUUAAAAAUAACUAUUCAUCUCAAAAGAUCGGUAGAAUUGUAACAUUAAUGCAUAAAGAGAAAUCAUCAAAUAAUUGGAAACCUGUAGCUUUAAAAGAGAGAUUAUACUAUAUUAUCACAGAGAAGCAUCUGGCUGUUGGACAUGGAGGCGCAAGAGCUACUUAUAAACAAGUAUCAGAUAAAUAUUAUGCUAUAAGGCCUAUUAUUAGCAAGUUUUUUAUGCAAUGGCUUCAGAGCCGCAUUCUUACUGAUAAAUGUGCAGCAAAGGUGGCUGUGUUCUUGUUUGAUAUCUUUACUGUAUUUGGACUGCUGAUCUUUCUUCAAAGUGAUAAUGGGC